UUUUCCAAAGUGACGCCAUUUUAGACACAUUACGGUAACUCGUGACCGUCGUCACUCUCUGACGGUUGGUUUGAUCCGGGUCAAAGGUCACCAGCUGUUGAACAAGAUGGCGGCCGCCGUGUUUUGGAGGAAAGCAGAGUUUUUAAGAUCAGCGCGCGCUUCAGUGCACCAGUCAUGGUUCCACAGCUCGGUGCUCCUUCGUCAGCAGUCCGAUUCUCCUCCUCCUCAGUCGGGAUUCUUCCCUCCGGCGGAAGGCGCCAUGUUGCCACCAGGAAGUUUCACCAAUAGAGUGGCGUUCAUCACAGGAGGGGGGACGGGACUGGGCCGAGCCAUGACCACCACCCUGUCACAGCUGGGAGCUCAGUGUGUCAUCGCCAGCAGGAAGUUGGAUGUCCUGCAGAAAACAGCCGAGGAGAUCAGCCGCCAGACUGGAAACAAGGUCCAUGCGGUUCAGUGUGAUGUCAGAGAUUCUCAGGCCGUCUCUCGCUGCGUCGACCAGAUAGAAACUCUGACGGGACUCCCUGAUGUGAUCAUCAACAACGCGGCAGGAAACUUUGUCUGUCCGUCAGAACGUCUGUCGGCAAACGGCUGGAAAAGCAUCACUGACAUUGUCCUGAACGGGACGGCCUUCAUCACACUGGAGCUGGGCAAGAGGCUGAUCCAGAACCAGAAAGGUCAGAGGCUGAUCCAGAGUCAGAGAGGUGCUUCUUUCCUGGCCAUCACCACCAUCUACGCUGAGUCUGGUUCUGGUUUCGUGGUCCCCAGUGCAUCGGCGAAGGCCGGCGUUGAGGCGCUCUACAAGUCUCUGGCUGCAGAAUGGGGGCGCUACGGCCACAGGUUCAACAUAAUCCAGCCUGGACCAAUCAAAACCAAGGGGGCGUUCAGCCGUCUGGACCCGACCGGAGCCUUUGAGAAGGCCAUGAUCAGUCGAAUCCCGACGGGUCGGCUGGGAAAACCAGAAGAGAUCGCAAACCUGGCAGCGUACAUGUGCAGCGACUACGCUACCUGGAUGUCUGGAGCUGUGAUCCGGUUCGAUGGAGGAGAAUAUGUGUCGAUGGCUGGAGAGUUUAAUGAUCUGCGCAGGGUGACUCCAGAUCAGUGGAAUAUCAUGGAGGCGAUGAUCAGAAAAACUAAAGGAUCCUAAAAACGCUCCGCCCUCCUGCUGAUGUCAUGAUGAUGAACAGGAAACACCACUACACACCUACUACAUACUCUACGUAGUACUAUGUACUGCCAGUUCCAGCAGACUGAGAUAUUGUCCAGCAGGACAUCAUGUGACUGAGGCACAUGAUCACUGUGCAGCUGGAACUACACUCAGUCUGACAUCAUACUUAGCAUGAACGGUACGUUAGCAUGUGAUUCUGAACACAGCCACUGUUAGCCUGUUAGCUUGUAACUGCUGGACUUGUCAUGUGACCAACUGCACAUGCUCAGUGGAAACACAAACAUGUUUGUGGCAGUUUGAUAAUAAAAAGUUUCUCUGGA